AUGCUUCAAACUUUUCAUAUAUAUCUAUCUAUCCAUCUAUCUAUCUGCUUCAAACUUUUCAUACUAUCUAUCUAUCUGCUUCAAACUUUUCAUGCUAUCUAUCUAUCUAUCUCUCUCUCUGCUUCAAACUUUUCAUAUCUAUCUAUCUAUCUGCUUCAAAAUUUUCAUAUCUAUCUAUCUGCUUCAAACUUUUCAUAUCUAUCUAUUCUAACUUUUCUAUCUAUCUAUCUAUCUAUCUAUCUGCUAUCUAUUUUUUCUAUAUCUAUCUAUCUUCUUAACCUUUCAUAUCUAUCUAUCUAUCUAUCUAUCUGCUUCAAACUUUUCAUUCUAUCUUUUCAUAUCUAUCUAUCUUCCAAACUUUUCUAUCUAUCUAUCUAUCUAUCUAUCUAUCUUUCAAAUUUUUCAUAUCUAUCUAUCUUCAAACUUUUCAUAUCUAUCUGCAUCUAUCUUUUCUAUCUAUCUAUCUGCUUCAAACUUUUCAUAUCUAUCUAUCUAUCUAACUUUUCAUAUCUAUCUAUCUAUCUAUCUAUCUGCUUCAAACUUUUCUAUCUAUCUAUCUAUUCAAACUUUCUAUCUAUCAUCUAUCUAUCUAUCUAUCUAUCUAUCUAUCUAUCUGUUUCUAUCUAA